AUGGCAUUGAGGAGCUAAAUUAAAUCAAUAGAUAAAUAAUUUACAAUCAACAUUCCAUCAGUUGAACUGACUAGAAUAGUGAAACAUCUUGCAGCAGUUCAGGCAAAUUAUAAAAAUACAGUUAUAAAUGCAAUCUAUCCAGUGUCUUUAUUUUAAAGUUUGACUAUAUCUAUGGUAGUCUUGCAAACAUAACUACAUAAUAUUUAAAUUGCAAUAUUACUCAAAAAAAAUGUUAAUAAUUAUUGCUAAACUAUUAGGAAUGAGUCUUGUAAAGAAGGGCAAAUUUACCCCAAGGAAAGUUGCAGCUCUUAAAUAAUAUUCUCCAAGAGUGAAUCAUUUUUCAUAAACCUUGUAAAGCGCAAUAAUGAUCACAGUUUAAAAUAAUAUAGCAACAUUCUCAGCAUAAAGCUUCCAAGAAUUUUACUUAUGCAUAUUAUAUGCAAUAGAAAAUGA